UUUUUUUAACUUUAACUAUAUAUCCCACAUGUCAGUUGUCUCAUCAAACACAUAUUUACUUUGUUGUCAUAAAAUAUACUAAAAAUCACAAAAGAAGAAACACAAAAGAAGGAGGUACAAAAUGUUUAAGGAGCUGGUCUUGUGGAUUCAUCACAUUGCCCAUGAUUUUUGCAUAAAUCGCACUUUGGAGCAUGUACCUCGUCACGGUUGCCGCAUGGCAGUGAAAAAUAGCCGCAUCGCCAAUUUUAUUUUCUUUAUUUCCAUUGUGACGCCCUUGUAUUUCUGCCUCCUGAAGGACGUCAUCCAAAUGAUAAUGGGCCCCAAGAAGAAGAAGAAGCGAAAUUAACCUCCAAACAUGUUCCUAUCAAAGGCUAUAAUAGUUCGGUCAGUCGGUGUAGUUUGUCUCAUAAGACACCCAUAGAAUCGAAUAAAGUUAGUGGCAUCGUCUCAAAGCAA